AUGUCCUUCGGCAAAGGCGAUUUCGGCGGCGGCUCUCUGAGCACAAGCCCCGGGGCGAGUUCCAGCUCGACGAUGGACUACAACAGAAUCACACAAGUCGUUUCCGCGAACACCACGAAAAUUCAAAAUCACGUCAAAGAGAUCAAAAAAUUAGCUGAACAAGUUGGAACCGAAUUGGAUAAUUCAGACGUCAGAACUAAAAUUCAACAAACUCAGACAACAACAAAGCGAUUAUGUCAAGACACAGAAAAGUUACUAAACGAGUUAAAAGGUCUUCCCGCGCCGGAUUCACCCGCGGAGAAGCGGGAGCGAAGAAUAACCCUAACUCGUCUGGCGAACAAUUAUUCGAACGCGCUGAACGACCAACAGAGCAACUCAUCCGAGGGCAACUCUUUGAUCGCGCUGGAUAAUGGCGCUGGUCAAGCCCAAUUGCAGCAACAGCUCUCGCCAAACGAGAUGGCUCAAAUGCAGGAUCGCGAAAACGCGAUCAUCCAGCUCGAGGUAAAUCAGCAGCAGCAAGAGCAAAUUGAGCUGGACCCGCUGCAACGGGCGCAGGACGAGGAGCUGGGCCGCCUCGAACAGGAAAUUGAGGAUAUGGCCGAAGUGUUCACGGAGGUCCACAAACUCGUCCAUGAACAGGGCGAAGUUGUCGACUCGAUCGAGCAAAACAUCGAAACUGCAGUUGUCGACAUUCAAUCAGGAAAUACACAGCUUCGUCAGGCCCGAGAGCAUCAGCAAGCUGCGCGGAAGAAAAAGUUCAUCAUCGCCAUCGUCUUUCUGAUCUUCAUUCUGGUGCUGUUCCUGAUCAUCUGGUUCUCGUGGAAGACCUCGUGA